UGGUGGAAUCGGAUUAAUCCUGCUCGACCGGGCUUAAGGCCGAAAGCCUCACAGCAGGCCGUGACCUCAAGGUCACCACAGCUCCGCCAACUGCACCACCCGUUGUUCAAUCCUUGGCAGCGCUGCAACCCUUUGAUUAACAACCAACAAUGUUGCUGACCUCAACUCAACAUGCUCUACUCAAAUCCCCAUUUUCCUCCCAAUCGCCUUCUCCCUCUUCAUUUUCUCCCAGGUUUAGAAUGUCGUCCGCAGGGCCAGCGCUGCCUCCUCUCCCUGAUAAUCGCAUUGUUGUAGGUUGUGGAUCAGUUACGCUCGAUUUUCUGGCCGCAGUGGCUACUUAUCCGAAACCUGAUGAUAAGACCAGAAGCACCAGCUCCAAGGUCCAAGGAGGUGGAAAUGCAGGGAAUGCAUUGACGUGUGCAUCUCGUUUGGGAUUGCAACCUAGGCUCAUUUCUAAGGUUGCUGAUGAUUCUCAAGGUAAAGGGAUAUUGGAGGAACUGGAGACUGAUGGGGUUGAUUCAUCAUUUAUCGUGGUUUCUGAAGGGGGGAACUCACCGUUCACCUAUAUCAUUGUUGACGAUGAAACGAAAACUAGAACUUGUAUUCACACUCCAGGAUAUCCUCCCAUGAUACCUGAUGAUCUGACAGAAUCAAAACUAUUAGCAGCAGUGGAUGGAGCUAGGCUCGUCUACUUUGAUGGAAGAUUGCAUGAUACCGCUUUAGUUAUAGCACAGGAGGCAACUCGCAGAGGUAUUCCUAUUCUAAUUGAUGCAGAAAGGAAGAGAGAAGGUCUGGAUGAUCUAUUGAGUUUGUCAAGCUAUGCAAUCUGUUCUGCAAAAUUUCCACAGUCAUGGACAGGUGCUCCAUCCGUCACAAGUGCACUUGUUUCCAUGCUCAUAAAGUUGCCAAAUUUGAAAUUUGUGGUAGUCACAUUGGGUGAAGAUGGUUGCAUCAUGCUGGAGAGAUCAAAUGAAAAUGGUUUAACUGAAGAAGUUGACGUGGAUGAAUUAUUAGUUGCUCUGAAGUACAAAAAUGAUACUAAGACUACCUUGCCUACAUGUGUGGCGUCGAGUGAAGUAAAAUUGCAUGCAAAGGGAAUUGGCACUGUGGGCGGCAGGUUGCUUUUAGGAACAGCUGAGAAAAUUCCACCAUCAGAACUUGUUGAUACUACCGGUGCUGGUGACUCUUUUAUUGGAGCAAUCAUGUAUGCCCUAUGCACCAACAUGCCACCGGAAAAGAUGUUGCCUUUCGCUUCUCAAGUGGCUGGCAUUAACUGCAGAGCCUUGGGAGCGAGAACCGGGCUUCCACGAUGUAGCGACCCUCGCUUGACUUCUUUUUUAGUGUAGAGAUCCCAAGUGAUGGCCAAAGUAGUUAUGUGAUAAGAAACACGAAAAUAAGCCGAUGUCGUCAACUUGGUAUAUUUCUUGUAGUGUUUUUGGCAGUUUUUUUCUGGACGGAUAUCGUUGUAUACCUAUUGCAAUGCCUGCAUUAGAUAUCAUGAAUUUGAAUA